AUGCCCGGUGUUAUACGUAGAAUAUGUGAUCCUCCGCUUAGUGAUGGAUCUGACGUUCCAUUAUUGGAUGUGCAGAGCGUACGUCAGUUCAAAAUAUCCUCAUCGGAUGUUUUGGGAAAGUAUAUUUCCCCGUCAUUUGUAUCAGUACUAAAAGAAAUGAUUCCAUUAAAUGAUAAUGCGUUAGGAUAUGGCGGAAGUUGGUUUUGGAGUUGCUAUUUCCAUGCUCUAUAUGGCGAAGAUGUAUUACUAGAUCUGAGUGGAACUGGUGUGAGUUUAUCAGAAGAUUCCCUUGACUCACAGAUAUCUCUACGUCAGAGGUUGGCCUCAACAACUGAUACUGGACACCUUGGAGUUGCCAUUGAACACUGUUGUUCCAAAAUUGAAACCCUUUGUGCCGUGGCAUUAUCACUUGUUUUGCAUGUUUCACACCAACCAAUGUUAGAAGAUAAUCAAGGUCCUCAGGCGUUAGUCCUUUGUGCCACAAAGGAACAAUGUGAUGAGGUAUACGCAUUGGUAGAUCGUUUUGGAGCGGCCCUUCAUUUGGUUACACAUAAUUUAUUCGGAGCCUAUCCUCCAAUGCCCGCUGGUAGAAGAGCUGACAUCGUCAUUGGAACCUUGCCACUCUGGGAAAGUGUGGCACAAGUGGAACCUCUUGCUAGCCAUGAUGGUCUUGAAGAGAUUCUUUAUCAAGUUUCAGAUGACGCGCGUUGGACGGCCUCCUCCACACGGUGGAGACCAUACUCGUUGGAUUUUGUUGCACAGCUAGUUCUUAUAGAUUUAGACUUGCAACAUGCUUUAGGAUAUUGGCCAAUGGUACGGAGACUCUUUGCAGAGCACAAAAGAUCUUCAUUAAACCCUUUAAAACAUAUGACUGGAAUGAAUAAAAAUGGAAAUAAGACUAACACUAUCUCAGUUAGUGGACUUCCAGAAGGAUUUCAGAUGUAUUGUUUGGUUGGUGAAUGUAGAAAAGGAGCGGAACUCUUUACCAAGCUACGUGCGUUGUAUGAAAGACGUGGAAAUGGCAAAAACAAUGGGGAUGUGUCUCGUAUCGCAUUAAGACUUGAACACCUACAACAGGACAAAGUAAAUGGCGAAAAUGUAAAUAAUCAUUCUCGCAAAAGACGACGAAAUGAUGAUGAUGAUGAUGAUGAUGAUGAUCAUACAGAUGUUGCUACUGCAACUACUUGUAAUGAUCAUUCCUCAACUCAAUAUCCUCGAUUGGUGAUUCACAAUGCGCUUUCACAUUCACGGUUAUUGUUAGAUGCGAGUGCCUUUGAAGAUUUCGCUACAGAGACAAGACGUCUUGCUCAGAGUUUCUGGUCGAGAUUUGAGGCAACAUCAUGCUCUGCAACCGAUGAAGUGUGUGUGGAAGCAGUCGUUAGUGUACAAUUGGCAUACGGUUGCCGGCCGAUGACGAGAGAUAUCACAGGCGAGAAUAAACCGUGGUGUAUAAAUGAGACCGUGGCUGUUAUUACACCCAUUAACGCCGGUGCCAGACACCCAUCACGUGCAGGACUACUCAUUCGACAUUUGGAAGAUGAACUCUCAGGUCAGAUAUUUGAUGGGAGUGUUGUACAGUGUCUUUCUCAUUCUCAUGAAUUGGCUUGUGUGGAUCAAAGCUUGGUAACACUUCAGGGUGUUUUCGCCGCCACUGCAAAUUCCCUCAUGCAGAAACCAAUCUUUGUACUGUUAGAUAAUGUGGAGCGGGAUAUGGCAGAGGCACUCACACAUCGGGCACAUCUGCGGCAACUUGUUACAGAAGUUUCCUCUAAAAAUAAUGAAAAAAUAAAUUUUCCACUCCACAAAUUUCUUAGCAAUGUACCACAACAACCAUGGCGUACUGUUCUAGCCUUUCGCAAUAUUGCCCCAAAUAUUUCAGUGUUUUGUGACUCAGCAAAUGGUGCCAAACCAACUGCCCUUCUUUACUUGGAGGAAUGUUGCCAAUAUGGCAAGGUUGUUUCAUACUUUGUAUACGAACAACGACACUAUGGAAAGGAUGGUGAGAACUGUGUGCACUUUUUCGUUGAGUUUGCGACACGUGAAGGAGCAAAAGAGGCCGUACGGCAGUUCUCCUUGCGAUUUGCAAGUGAAUCUCAGAAUAAAGAGGGAUCUACGCGCGUAAAAUUGUUUUCUAAUGAAUUGUAUUACGAGGGAGCUGAAUCAGAACUACGAAGGCGGCAAAGUAUAAACAAUGGGGCUGGAAACGACACCAUGGGUGACAGAGGGACAGAAGUAAAGAAUAAUAGCAACGACGACGAUAUAGAUGAGGAUGACUUUAUUGAUGUCUCUCUACUAGCUGAAUAA